AUGUCCAGAGCUCGAGUUUACGCUGACGUCAACGUUCACCGUCCUCCGGAGUACUGCGAUUACGAGUCUUUCAACGUUCAAUGGGGUCAUGAACUCCGAAAACUAUGCUUGAUUGACUGGGGACUUGCAGAAUUUUACCAUCCUGGCAAAGAGUACAAUGUCAGAGUAGCUUCAAGACAUUUUAAGGGGCCAGAAAUCCUUGUUGACUUUCAAGACUAUGACUAUUCUCUGGCCAUGUGGAGCCUAGGCUGUAUGCUUGCAAUGAUGGUGAGAAUUCUGGUGGAUCUGCCUGUUCCAUAUACUGUUCUCGGAACAGAUGAGUUAAAUGCUUAUUUGAACAAGUAUCAUUUAGAGCUAGAUCCUCAGCUUGAAGCUCUUCUUGGCAGGUACAGCAGACAGCCAUGGUCCCAGACUCCCAGUUCAUCACUUCAGAAAACAGGCAUCUAG